GGGGUUGCGCUUGCGCAGUGCGUCGCCGCGAGUCGGAGGCGCAUGGCGGCGUCCGGGAUGCAGGCGCCAGGGUUUCGUGAGGCAGUGGUGGUCCCGCCGGCUCGCUGAGCGCGCCCGACAGGAUGCCCGAGAUCAGGGUCACGCCCCUGGGGGCUGGCCAGGACGUGGGCCGAAGCUGCAUCCUGGUCUCCAUUGCGGGCAAGAACGUCAUGCUGGAUUGCGGGAUGCACAUGGGCUUCAGCGACGACAGGCGCUUCCCCGACUUUUCUUACAUCACCCGCAGCGGCCGGCUGACUGACUUCCUGGACUGCGUGAUCAUCAGCCACUUCCACCUGGACCACUGCGGGGCGCUGCCCUACUUCAGCGAGAUGGUGGGCUACGACGGGCCCAUCUACAUGACCCAGCCCACCCAGGCGAUCUGCCCCAUCCUGCUGGAGGACUACCGCAAGAUUGCCGUUGACAAGAAGGGCGAGGCCAACUUCUUCACGUCCCAGAUGAUCAAGGACUGUAUGAAGAAGGUGGUGGCCGUCCACCUCCACCAGACGGUGCAGGUGGACGAUGAGCUGGAAAUCAAGGCUUACUAUGCGGGCCACGUGCUGGGGGCGGCCAUGUUCCAGAUUAAAGUGGGCUCAGAGUCUGUGGUGUACACGGUCAGUGGAAGCACUCGGGGCACAGGAAGGGCUGGCUGGCCGGGCAGAGGAAGGAGGCACCCUCCUCAUUGCCACAUUCUUUGCCAGGGAGAUUAUAACAUGACCCCAGACCGGCAUUUGGGAGCCGCCUGGAUUGACAAGUGCCGCCCCAACCUGCUCAUCACAGAAUCCACGUACGCCACCACCAUCCGAGACUCUAAGCGCUGCCGGGAGCGAGACUUCCUAAAGAAGGUCCAUGAGACCGUGGAGCGUGGCGGGAAGGUGCUGAUCCCCGUGUUUGCGCUGGGCCGCGCUCAGGAGCUCUGCAUCCUGCUGGAGACCUUCUGGGAGCGCAUGGACCUGAAGGCCCCCAUCUACUUCUCCACGGGCCUGACGGAGAAGGCCAACCACUACUACAAGCUCUUCAUCCCCUGGACCAACCAGAAGAUCCGGAAGACCUUUGUGCAGAGGAACAUGUUUGAGUUCAAGCACAUCAAGGCCUUCGAUCGGGCGUUUGCCGACAGCCCGGGCCCCAUGGUCGUGUUUGCCACCCCGGGGAUGCUGCAUGCCGGCCAGUCCCUACAGAUCUUCAGGAAGUGGGCAGGGAACGAGAAGAACAUGGUCAUCAUGCCCGGCUACUGCGUGCAGGGCACCGUGGGCCACAAGAUCCUCAGCGGGCAGCGCAAGCUGGAGAUGGAGGGGCGGCAGGUGCUGGAGGUCAAGAUGCAGGUGGAGUACAUGUCCUUCAGCGCCCACGCGGACGCCAAGGGCAUCAUGCAGCUGGUGGGUCAGGCGGAGCCGGAGAACGUGCUGUUGGUGCACGGCGAGGCCAAGAAGAUGGAGUUUCUGAAGCAGAAGAUCGAGCAGGAAUUCCGGGUCAGCUGCUACAUGCCGGCCAACGGCGAGACGGUGACGCUGCCCACGAGCCCCAGCAUCCCCGUGGGCGUCUCGCUGGGGCUGCUGAAGCGGGAGAUGGCGCAGGGGCUGCUCCCUGACGCCAAGAAGCCCCGGCUCUUGCAUGGCACCCUGAUCAUGAAGGACAGUAACUUCCGGCUUGUGUCCUCAGAGCAGGCCCUCAAGGAGCUGGGCCUGGCCGAGCACCAGCUGCGCUUCACCUGCCGUGUGCACCUGCACGACACGCGCAAAGAGCAGGAGACAGCCGUGCGCGUGUACAGCCACCUGAAGAGCGUCCUCAAGGACCACUGCGUGCAGCACCUUCCUGACGGCUCCGUGACCGUGGAGUCCAUCCUCAUUCAGGCCGCUGCCCACUCGGAGGACCCAGGCACCAAGGUGCUGCUGGUCUCCUGGACCUACCAGGACGAGGAGCUGGGAAGCUAUCUCACAUCUCUGCUCAAGAAGGGCCUGCCCCAGGCCAGCUGAGGCCCCGCUGCCAGGACCGCGUGCACCCUGGGUCUUCCCCGUGUCCUCAGGUGUGGAGCCCACAGCUGGCUGCGACCCUCAUCUGUGCAGAGACCAUGGUGCCACACACCUGCCCGAGUGGCUGCUUUUGGCCGAAGAAAGAAACGGACCUGGGGGGCUUUUCACUUUUUAUUUCUGCUCCUGGGCUCCCAGGAGAUGGGGGUGGGGCUCCCGGGGUGUUGAUUUCCAGUAAAAACCACCACGGGCUGUUUGCGUGU